AUGCCCGCCAUGCCAUCGACGACCGCGCUCGCCAGGAAUGGCGUCGCACGCCAGCCUGACAUCACACUCGUCUCGGAUGACGAUUUCGUAUACGAGCAGGACAUCCAGCGGAACCCUGGGAGCACAAAGCCAUGGUUCGCAUACCUGGAGUUCAAGUUUCAGCACGGGACCGUUCAGGAGCAAGCGUUUGUCCUGGAGCGCGCGUGCAUCCAACUCCCGCGCUCGUACAAGCUGUGGAAAUCCUACCUCACUUUGCGGGUCAAACACGUCGCAAAGUUGAACGCUGCUGUCUUCGCCGCCGAAUACCGCAAGGUGAACGCGCUGUUUGAGAGGGCUUUGAUCCUGCUCAACAAGAUGCCCAGGAUAUGGGAGAUGUACCUCAAAUUCCUAAUGCAGCAGCCUCUCGUUACCCUCACCCGACACGCUUUUGACCGUGCCCUGCGUGCCCUGCCGAUUACCCAACACAACAGGAUAUGGGCACUCUAUAGGCCAUUUGCGAACUCGGCUGGCGGGAUCACGGCCGUCAAGAUCUGGAGGCGCUACAUGCAGGUCCACCCCGAGGACGCCGAAGACUUUAUCGAGCUUCUAGUACAGGAGGGCUUAUACACAGAGGCGAUUGAAAAGUACAUCUUUGUACUCAACAACCCGCGCUUCCACAGCAAACAUGGCAAGGGCAACUACGAGCUUUGGAGUGAGAUGGUCGACUUGAUGGUCGAGCACGCCACGAAGGUCAAGACAGGCCAUGAGACAGGCAUCGAUGUGGAGCGGAUCAUCCGAAGUGGGAUCGAGCGGUUCUCGGAUCAGAGGGGGAAGUUGUGGGUUGGACUAGCCACAUACUUCAUAAGAAAGGGGAGCUUUGAGCGAGCUAGGGACGUCUUUGAGGAGGGCGUUACUACGGUCAUGACGGUCCGUGACUUCACCCUCGUGUUCGACUCGUAUGCGGAGUUUGAGGAGUCGAUAAUAGGAGCUCUCAUGGAAGUGGCGCAGGGCCGAGCCGAGAAAGGAGUGGCCGACGAGAAUGCCGAUUUCGACCUCGAUAUCCGCAUGAUGCGAUUCGAGCACCUGAUGGACCGGCGGCCUUUCUUGCUCAACGAUGUUCUACUGCGGCAGAAUCCAAACAACGUCAACGAAUGGGAAAAGCGAGUGGCGCUCUGGGGUGACAACAAGGAACAGGUCGUCCAGACCUACACGGACGCGAUUGCGGCGAUACAGCCGAAGAAGGCGGUCGGCGCCUUCCACCAGUUGUGGGCAAAUUACGCCAAGCUUUACGAGAAAGGGGGUGACCUCCGGAACGCCCGCAUUAUCAUGGAGAAGGCCGUCAAGGUACCUUUCAAGUCCGUGGCUGAGCUGGCCGACAUGUGGAUCGAGUGGGCGGAGAUGGAGCUUCGCAACGAGAAUUUCGAUGAAGCUGUCAAGAUUAUGGCGAAAGCAGUACAGGCGCCGAAACGGUCAACCGUCGACUACUUUGACGAGACGCUGUCCCCGCAACAGCGAGUACACAAGAGCUGGAAAUUGUGGAGUUUCUACGUUGACUUGGUGGAGAGCGUCAGCUCUCUGGAAGAAACGAAGAAGGUCUACGAGAGGAUAUUCGAGCUUCGAAUCGCAACGCCGCAGACAGUCGUCAAUUACGCGAACCUUUUGGAGGAGAACAACUACUACGAAGAGUCAUUCAAGAUUUUCGAGCGCGGUCUGGACCUCUUCAGCUACCCGGUGGCCUUUGAACUGUGGAACCUGUAUCUCACCAAGGCCGUGGACCGUCAGAUUGGCAUAGAACGACUGCGCGAUCUCUUUGAGCAGGCCAUCGAAGACUGCCCGCCUAAAUUCGCCAAGGUGCUGUAUUUGAUGUACGGCAACCUGGAAGAGGAAAGGGGCCUGGCACGCCAUGCAAUGCGGAUUUACGAAAGAGCAACGCGAGCGGUAUCUGACGAGGACCGUGCAGACAUGUUCAACUUCUACAUCACCAAGUCCGCAUCCAACUUUGGGCUGCCCUCGACAAGACCCAUCUACGAACGCGCCAUUGCGGCCCUUCCAGACCAAGAGGCGCGCGACAUGUGCCUGAAAUUCGCAGACAUGGAGAAGCGGCUCGGCGAGAUCGACAGAGCUCGCGCAAUCUAUGGUCACGCCUCCCAAUUUUGCGACCCUCGCACCAACCCCGAAUUCUGGACCAAGUGGGAGCAGUUUGAGGUGCAGCACGGCAACGACGACACGUACAAGGAGAUGCGGAGGAUCAAGCGUAGUGUCCAGGCGCAGUACAACACGGACGUCAACUUCAUCGCCUCUCAAGCCAUUGCCCGCCAGGCCCAAGCCCAGGCGCAGGGCGACGGCGAGGCGGAUCAGGAGGUUAUGGACGCCAUGGCGGCAUUGGAGAAGCAAGCUCAGGCGCCCGUUGGGUUCGUGGCUGCCACUGACAACCCGCGAGGUGCACCGGAGCCGCAGGGGGUCGCCGCGAACCCGGAUGCGAUUGACAUUGACGAUAUGGAUGAUUGA